AUGUCAAUAAAGCGAUUCUGUACAGUUCGUACAUGUUCAUUAAAGAUUUCGAUACUGACUUUUGUGAUUGUAUUAUAUUGUGGUAACCACUUCAAACAGCAUGACUCUGUAUUAUUAAAAUUGAAUUGUUCAGAUUCGACUAAAAUUGAAUAUGAAAGUGAAAAAUCUUUAUUUAAAUCCCGAUUGAAUCAACGAUUAUUUCGUAUUGGUCAACGAUUUUCUCAUAUUAAUAUUGAUAAGCUUCUUCGCAUACAAUCAUCUUCCACUCAAUCGUUUACUUACUAUUGUUCGAAACAUUGUGGAGGAUGGGGUGACCGUCUACGUGGAAUAACUUCAGCAUAUAUUCUUGCUGUGUUCUUGCAACGUCGUUUUAUUCUUGACAUGCAAUAUCCCUGUGAUUCAUCAAAUUUUCUCCUACCAAAUUUAAUCGAUUGA